AUGAUGACGAUUGGAGAAGAUGGAUAUCAACAGCGGGCAAAGACGAUACGUGGUAUCGCAUUGCAACUAGCGGCUGGAAUACAGUCCAUUCCAGGGCUCCAACUCUUGACGACGAACCGACAACCCGUCACAGUGAUUGUGGCCUUUGCGUCGUCCAGCGACGAGGACUUGAAUGUCUAUAAAAUCAAGGAUGUCUUGUCCGAAUUGGGAUGGAGUGUCAAUCCAUUACAAAAUCCUCCCGGUUUGAAUGUCUGCAUCACUGCCAAUUUGAAUGCCAACGAAUUCUUGGAGUGUUUGAAGCUUGCUGUCGAUAGAGUACGAAACGAAACAACGAGAAAGGGGAUUGACGAUUCUGCAACUGGAGCGACCGCUGCGCUCUACCGUGCCGCGGAGACGCUCCCAGAGUCCACCAUUCAAUUUUCUAUGCAUCGCUUUGUGGACGCUUCCUUGACACCAUAG